AUGCCCGAUAAUAAAACAAUACCGUUUUAUGAAUUGGAUACCCGGCAUCUGGACCUGGAUGAUAUUAAUAAACCAGGCUUCAUCAAUGGCUGGGGCAAUCUGCAGGAAUUGAUCCUCCAUCAUUCCCUGGAGCGUGCUGGGGGGGCAGAAUGGGUGGUGCAAUUUAUCCAGCGUGCCCCCAAACUUCAAAAACUAGAUCUCGACUUCGAUACAGGGGAAGGAACCCCAGAAGUUCUGAGUAGACUCGCCUAUGGAAAUUCCUACCCUCGACUUCGCGAACUCCGCUUUACUACUGCCGCCUGUCUCUCCGGCGAAGACCUCCUGGCCUUUCUUCGACAGUCGCGCGGUACUCUAUGUUCGCUGCAUCUACGGUACAUCAGCUUGCGUACUUUGAGCUGGAGGAAAAUAUUGACUGUUCUGAAGGAUGAAUUUACGGCCUUGAAGAGUAUCAGAUUCCUCUGGCUGGGAGGAGGAAGUGAAGGCGUACUUCAUUUUCCAAUCCUUUCGCAGAAUCCAUUCGUCAAUAACCAUGAGGAUGUGGACGAUAGAUUUGCAAUAUUUACUCGGUAUUAUCUUGGACAAUGCAGGAACUUGAGUGUCGAUUAUUCAGGCCCUAACAUGCAAGCGGCUUUAGGGGCACUUCUAGAUACAGCACAGCAUACCGUGCAGGACUCCUAG